AUGCAGGACCAGCGCAAGGGCAAAGCUAAAGAAAUCGAUCGGUCUGACGCAGACGUGGCUUUGGACACGUAUCAGGCCGAGCUUUUGUCCUUCCAGACCUUCGCCGCGGACCGAGCCAUGAGCAGAUGUAUCGCUCACCAGGAAGGCACCCACCCAGCUCUGACACAGCAGACUGUACCAGACCCAAGCAAUCCAAUUACUUCGCAGCCAGCUGAGAGUUCUGGUCCCGAGGAGAUUGUCGCGGAAAAGAUCGUCACGGAGGAGACCAUCGCCGCAGAUGCUGUCCUUACAGUCUGCAACAACGACAUUCACGACAAUGAUUCUAUCGCUGACAUGCCCGAGUCGUCCUCCUGGGAAUUCAUCACCAAGGAGAUCGAGUUUUCGACGGUCAACAGAACCUACUGUCACCAGCCUCAGUGCUCGGGGUUCAUACCUCCUACCAGCAUCGAAGGAGACAUCGGCACCUGUCCUGCCUGUCAAGCAAAGACGUGCGUGUUGUGCAAGAGUAUGGAGCACGACCACGCCGACGCAUGCAAGGAAGAUACAGCGACGCAAGAAGUUCUGAAGCUAGCUGCUGACAAGAAGUGGCCAAGAUGCAACAAAUGCCACGCGAUUGUUGAACUGGACACGGGCUGCUAUCAUAUGAGUGAGUUCUCCGAGGAUGCAUGCACGUCCCAGGCCCCCGUUAACGCCUGUCAGCUUGCCGCUGCGGAGGACAGUUCUGCUAUCUCUGCGAAGCACCCUGGAAGACCUGCAAUUGCCGCCAAUGGGACGAGCCCAGGGCGCGAGUCAACAGAGCGCCGAACGCCCGGAACAUGA